CAAGGUGUCAAAAGGAAAGGAUGGAUAGAUCGAUGGCUGGACGUAACAGGCAAACGUGGCAUCUCGUCGUUCGGCGGUGGCAUUCAGGGCGGUUGUUGAAAAUUGAAAACGAUAACUUUUCUUGUACCAUAAAUAUCGAUCCAUCUCCAAGUCCACUGCAUAUAUGCAAACAAAUUAAAAGGAAGAUUGUAAAACGCAGUGAAGAAAGAAGCAAAAUGCAGUCAGCAAAAGAGACAGCCUCCAACGCCGCCGCAACCGCCAAGUCCGGCAUGGAGAAGACUAAGGCCUCCGUCCAAGAAAAGGCAGAGAAGAUGACAACCAGAGAUCCGGUCCAGAAAGAGAUGGCGAGAGCGAAGAAAGACGAAAGAAAGCGCGAGGCGGAACUGGAUAAACAGGCUACGAAAGAGCAAAAUGCAGCCUCUAAACAGGCGGCAGCGGCCGGUGGAACUCCGGCCUAUACCACUGCUGCUGAAGGCGGAGUGUACGACCCGGAUGUUGCCGGCGCCCGCCAUGGAUCCGGCACUACCUCUGUACUGUAGGGAUCAGUACGUUACGUUGUGGUUCAAAUAAUAAUGUUUUUGUUUAUCAAACACAAACUGUACUAUGUACUAUGUAUUCCAAAUAAGACAAGACUCGUAGUGUAAUUGUAUGCUCGAAUGUUUUUUGGGGCAUACCAUACGCUAAUAUAACGAAUUAGUACUUUUUUUUUUC